UGCAUUGAAAACUUGCCUUGAAAAUGUACACACGUGAUUAUCCCGCCAUCUUUAUUUAGUUUAGUUUAGUUUAGUUAGACGUCAAUUGCUCUAAUAACAUUUGCGAUGAAUGAUUAUAAAGUAGAAUUCUCGAUAGCAUUUGCAACGACAAGAGAAGCGGAUGUUGUUUACCAAGUACUCAGAGUAGAUAAGGAACCUCCAAGAUCUGGUGUUAUUAAAAAAAUAGAACAGAAAGAUAAUCAAUUACAAAUAUCAUUUUCCAGUACAGAAGUACGUAAACUUCGCGUUGGUAUUACGUCUUUCUUUGACAGUUUAACCUUAGUUACAGAAACUAUACAGCAAUUUGGACCACCAGAAUCUAUGUACGAUUAUUAUUAGUUUCUAAUAUACUUGGUUUAAAUAUAA